AUGGACAGCAGCAGGCCACGGGACCCCGUCUGCCUUCCAGGGUUUGCAGCUCAGUGCGUCGCGCCAAGUCGAUUGUCGCAGUUUACACCGGCGUGUAUCCAUCAACUGUCUUCCAUUCAAGAGCAUCGGGAUACGCUGGUCGAAGUUGCCUGUAAACCGCGAUCGAGUGGCUGCUACUGCGGCAAUGACAGUGCGCGACAGAGCAUCGAGUUGAGAUUUGGAGACUUUAUCGACUACUUUCAAGCUGCUUUUACAAAGCACUCGCACUGGCUACAGACGGUGGAGGAGCUGGACUUUUACUUGGCCCAGUGUCCAAUUGCAGUACUGAAUUCCAGUGAAGUAGGCACGAAGGCCACCUUGCCUGCUGUCAGAAAUGACGUCUGCAUACCUGCCUGUCUUUGUGACGAAGAGCUCAUUCAAGUCAAUUUGUGGAUGACGGUGCGACCUAGCCGGACUGCACUGCAUUAUGACGCGUACCACAAUGUCCUGGUGGUUUUAUAUGGGAGAAAGGUUGUUACGCUGUAUGCUCCGUCAGAGACGGCAAAGCUGUACCCAUUCCCUGUGCACAGCAAGUCGGUAAAUCAUAGUCAAGUUGAUGUCGUCCAGCCGGAUCUUGCAAAACACGCACGCUUUUCGGAGGCGUUGGCACAGCAGUUUACUAUCACAGCUGGAGACGCACUUGUGAUCCCAGAAGGAUGGUGGCAUAGUGUAGAAUCGGACGGGUUUACUAUAGCUGUCAACUACUGGUGGAAUGGCAUGCGAGAGCAGCUCGUGGCGGAUAAACGCAUGGUGCCAUAUUACGCUCGGGUCAUGCUGGAGGAACUGGUUGUGCAGCAAUGCGAAGAGCGCCUUUUGGCUUUCCGGUCUCCGUCUGGGGCAGGUAUUGCUAGGAAGUACGACGAUGAGUGCAAGGCGGUGGCUGCAAUUUUAGCAACCACAGAUCAAGGUUGCCAUGAACAGGUGAUGUUGUCACUGGAGAGUCGAGUAUUUCUGAAGACGCAAGAACAUCUGGCCACAAAUUAUGUAGCAGAGUGGCGAAGACUGCUUGCAAAUGCAAGCGUGAAUUUGGCGGCUGCAUUAGUCAAGUGCUGGGAGAGUGACGAUGUAGGGCCUGGUGUCCUCGGCACGUUAUAUGGUGCUCUCGGGGAUGAGGAAGAAUCGAUUAAGGGGUUGGUGGCCACGAAGCACGCGCAGUUUCUCCAAGAUUGCGCCUCUGACAUGUAUCGGUCAUAUUUUGGCUAG